AUGUUUCCAACAGUAAUCGUCGUCGGGGCUGGCCUGGGAGGGCUAGCAGCGGCGGUCGCCAUCCAACUCACCGGACGUUACUCAGUACGCGUGCUAGAGUCAGCCCCAGAGCUGAAGGAAAUCGGCGCAGGCAUCCAAAUCUCGCCCAAUGCUUCUAGGCUCCUCGUCCGCUGGGGCGUCAGCCCUCAUCUAGGCGACACGCCCGUCGCUCCCCACGGCGCGCAAAUUCACCGCUGGAAGGACGGGACCAUCCUUUCACGCUCCCCCAUGAAUCCCCUUUUCGAAAAGAAGUUCGGCGCACCUCACUGGCACCUGCACCGGGCAGAUCUGCACAAGGCGCUCUUGGAGAGAGCUACCGAGUUGGAAGUCAAGAUCACGCUAGGCGCAGAAGUUGUGGCCGUGGAGGUAGGUUCGGAGUUGGUGAAACCCCGUGCGAUAUUGGCUAGUGGCGAAACAAUUGAGUGCGAUUUCAUCGUGAGCGCAGACGGCAUUCGAUCCAAGGUCCGAGAAAACGUCCUUCCGCGGUCCCCGCAGCCGAGGCCGACGGGUGACUGUGCGUAUAGGUUCACUCUCUCGACAGCAGCAAUGGCUCGAGACCCCGUCCUCGCCGACCUUGCGCGGGUGCCUCUCGCCCGGAGCUGGUGGGGUCCGAACAAACACGUCGUUGGAUACCAACUUCGAGGCGGAGAGCUAUACAAUGUGGUCGUCGUGGUUCCGGACGAUAUGGUAGAUCACCGAGCUGAAGGCGACGCACGCCUCAUGAAAUCGGCAUUUCACGAUUGGUGUCCAGAACUCCUGGACCAGGGCCAACCGGGUAGCCUCACGCAAUGGAAGCUCAUGGACGUUGAGCCUUUGGUGGCAUGGGGCAAGGACUGCGUGGUACUGCUUGGAGAUGCGUGCCAUCCGAUGCUCCCUUACCUCGCGCAGGGGAGUGCGCAAGCGAUGGAAGAUGCCGCUGUGCUAGCGAUCUGUCUUCAGAACCUACCUCACGAUCUCCCGAAAGCGACAAGGCUAUAUACUAAGAUUCGAUUCGAGCGAGCGACUCAGGUGCAGCAGUUCGCCCGGGCCCAGAGGCUGAAAAACCACAUGCCCGAUGGUCCGGCUCAAGUGGAGCGUGAUGCCGCGAUGGAAGAGGCAACCGGUCUUCACCGGGCCGCCCACCGUUGGACAUGGGCGGCUUCUGAAGGACGGCCUGCAAUGGAGUGGACACAAGGGCUUUACGGCUAUGAUGCGGAGGAAGAUGCAAAGACGUUCUUGUCAAGAGAGAUCGCAUCUUCCGGAACAGGCGAGUCCGAGCCAGGGACGCUUGUUUCGGGGACUAGCAACCUGUGA